AUGAGUAACAACACCUCUGUUGUUGGUGGUAAAAUUUCAAUGCGAAAGAUGAAUGAUCAGGUGAUAAUUGUACAGAUUCUGGUGGGUAUUUUUCUUUGCAUCAACUCCAUGCUGAUUGCAACCUUUUUCACUAAGGAAAUCUUCUACACAAACAUGCGCUACAUUUUAUUCGUCACCACACUAUUUUCUGAUUCUGUAUAUUUAAUCAUCUCAAAUUUGCUGCUGAAUUUGAGCUAUUUUGCCGUUCCUGUACAAUCAUGGUCAUGUAUUUUCUUUUGCCUCCUGUCGUCUUUGUGUAAUUAUGUCACUCCUCUGACUCUGACAGCGAUGAGCCUGGAGCGCUAUGUGGCUGUCUGCAUGCCACUGCGUCAUGCAGAGCUGUGCACUGCAGGCAGAGCCCUGCAGGUCGUCCUCAUCAUUCACAGCCUCAGCAUCAUACCCUACAUUGUGAUUUUUUUAAUGCUGCUUUCUUCAGUCACCUUUAGCUUCUUCACACAACACAUCAUCUGCUCUAUGGAUGCUUUAAUUUUGCACAGGUGGCAGGGUCAUGUAAGGUCUGCGAUCAGUCAGUUUUACUUCCUGAUUAUGUGUAUCCUCAUCGCUUUCUCCUAUGUUCAAAUAAUAAAAGUGGCCAAAGCUGCAUCUGGAAACAAGAAAGAGUCGACACGAAAAGGACUCAGAACUGUGAUCCUCCAUGCUUUCCAGCUGUUGCUCUGUCUCAUCCAGCUGUGGACCCCCUUCAUUGAAGCUGCUGUUCUCCAGAUUGAUUUCAGUUUAUUUACAUACAUCAGAUACAUUAACUAUAUUCUGUUUAUUCUUGCUCCUCGAUGCCUGAGUCCUCUUAUCUACGGCCUGAGAGAUGAAGCGUUUCUACUUGCGCUGAAACACUGGCUGUUCUGCUGCCCAUUCAAGGCCAACAUGUUUAAACUGUGA